AAAACCCAAUCGAACUCUGAAAGAAAUAAAUUUGUUAUAAAUAACUUUAUUAUAAUAUUUAUGAUAUUAUUUGAUGUAAAACCAACAAAGUAAAACACUAAUAAAUAAAAUAGGUAGAAUCUCCAUAUAAAUAUACGGAAAAAAGCAAAUCAAGUUUAUGAACUACACUAAAAUACUACCAAGACCUGUAAAAUUAUUGCAAUUGCAAUAGCUAUGUCUAGUAGUUAUUUGUAGUUAGCAAUUAGCUAAUUAAAAAACGAAAUAACAAUCGGUCACCAUACUGCUAUGCCUAGAUAUUUUGAUUGUAAGAAGCUCAAUAAGAAACUACAUCUGCUGUUCCAGGUCCCUAUCAGCAAAUAUGCUGUAACUCUACUGAGCAUCAUAGCUAUCCAUCGUCUCUUUACGAGCUGCAAUGUGUACAACUACCCUUCAGUCCCACGGGAACAGCUGACAGACGCCAUCUACACUGCCACUGUGCCCCAAUUAGCUGAGAAGAGGACCAAACCAGAUUGCCCUUAUGAUCAUAUACUACAGAGCAAAGAAAAGUUACAGACUUGGGAAGUUCCCAAAAGUUCCAAGGAUAUUGGCAACUUCUCUGCAUGGGGCAUCAAAGAUGGCAGCUACACGCCGGAGCACUGUCAACCCUUGUUCAGUGUGGCAAUACUUGUCACUUACAGAAAUAGACAGCGCCAUCUAGACAUAUUUCUGCCUUAUAUGCACAAUUUUUUGAGGAAGCAAAAUAUACAUUAUAAGAUAUUCCUUGUGGAGCAGCUGGACAACAAGCCGUGGAAUAAAGGCAUGCUGUACAACAUCGGGGCGCAGCGCGCGCUGGCCGAGCGCUUCCCGUGCCUGCUGCUGCACGACGUGGACCUGCUGCCGCUCGCCGCCAGCAACCUCUACGUCUGCAUGGACCAGCCGCGGCACCUCAGCGCUAGCAUAGACAAGUUCCGCUUCGUGUUGAUCUACGACUACCUAGUGGGGGGCGUGCUGGCCAUGCGCGCGGACCACUACGUGCGCGUCAACGGGUUCUCCAACAACUUCUACAACUGGGGGGGAGAGGACGACGAGAUGGCUGACAGGAUAUUGUCCAACAAUCUUAAAAUUUUAAGGUUCCCUCGGGAAAUGUCAGAGUACUCGAUGAUGACCCACACCCACGAGCCGGUGAACAGAGCAAGGGAGACUAUCAUCAAGGAGAACAAGAUACAGGGCCACAAGGACGGGCUCAGCUCCGUCAGGUACGAAUCCCUUCAGGUGAAGGCGCAGCGGCUGUGCACGUGGAUCGGGGUCAAGUUAUAGUUGCGUUUAGCUUAGUUCUCACUAGUCCAAUAUAUUUUGUGAACACAGGUGCUGUAGGAAUAAGUGGUAGGGGUUACAUUGCACACGCGAAUUUAAUGGAAGAGUCCCGGGGCCUUAUUCUGAUGGCUUUACUUAUCUCGACGCCAUGUCAAGCUAAAUUGAUCUUUUAAGUGUAUGUCAUAAGAGUGAUAUCCAAUGUGGCUCGACUUGCUCGUAGCUAAAACGUUUUGAAAUAGAAACAGGUGAUAAUGAAGCUAGUACAUUUGAAAUAUAUGCUAAUAGACUAGGGCCUUUGACUCACUUGUUAGAGAAUAAUCCCCCGUUCAAAUACCUGCCUUUUUGUACGAACCCUGUCAAUUUAUUGAGUACUUAAAUACAUAGAUAUAAUCGAUAUUUUUUUUGUUAUUAUGUUUUUAGGAUUCAUGGGAUGUGGGAGGUUCUUACCAUAGCCUCUAAAUAUGUUAAUAAUUGUUAGUAACUUGGUAUUACUGUUGUUUUUUUUUUAAUUUAACUUAUUUCAGCAACUACUGGGGUAAAGUACAAAACCGAAUUUAUUAUGCGCAUAAAUUAUAGCACGGCGUAAUAAAUAUUGUCAUUGACAUAGUUCUCUAGACGGCUCCAUGCUGCUUGCACAAAUUCCUGCUCUCACUUUUAUUAAGAGCUUCGAUACUUACUUUUAAGUUUAAUUAUUGGGGUUAGUGCAUUUGGAUUACUGUAAUGGAUUUAUCAUAGUAUUUUCUGCUUUUAUUAGGAGUUACGAUCAAUUUGUAUAAUUUGUGAGAUGUUUCAUUUUUAAAUUUUAAGAUGUAGUGGACUCUCUGAUCUCCUAUUUUAUUUUGUUAAACAUUUCGAAAUUUAUUAUUACAGUCGCUUGGCAUAAUUACAUUUUAUAUCUCGGGGUAUUAACCUAGUGGUUUAGCCGUGAAAGCGUGACAGACAGACAGAAAUAAAUAGGCUAAUCUAAUUAAUAAAUAGUGAUAGAAGUAACCUAAACUUAAGUUUGUUAAUGCUUUUUAUAUGACAACACCGAAUACAAGUAGACAAUAGUUGUACUGCCGCUAAUUCAACUAAUCUCGUACCACGAGAGUGUGGGGCAUGAGAAUUGGAUAACAUGUCGAAACAAAUAAAUUAAUUUGAAAGAA